AUGGAGUUUCCAAGGGUCGCCAAGAAGAUGCAAAACAUGAUAAAGCCAUUGGUAAGGGCUAUGUAGGGCUUGCUGUUUGGGUUUUUAAGAAAGGGAGUGACUGUACAGAUUUGGCUAUUCGAAAACACAGAUAUGAGAAUUGAAGGGAAAAUCAUUGGCUUUGAUGAGUAUAUGAAUUUAGUUCUUGAUGACGCAGUCGAAGUUUCAGUGAAAAGAAAUUCUAGGAGACCUAUAGGAAGAAUAAUGCUUAAAGGCGACAACUUAGCACUUGUUCGAAAUACGCAAGAUUAA